GAAAAGUGUCUGAGCGCGCGGCGGCCGCGGCCCCUCAUAAAGGCGGGGAAAGCGGCGGAGGGCGCUCGGGGCCAGCGCAGSCGGACGGGCGGCCGUGGGGAGCGCCAGCCCCGCCGCCGCACGCACCUUCCCCUCCCUUCGCUCUGCCGCUUCAAAAGUUUUGCCCAGGGAGCGUCAGCGGUGUCGGCCGGAGCAGCCAGCAUGGGCGCUGCCCGUGCCCGCCGGGGAUAGCGCGGGGCGCGGAACGGAGCGGAGCUGAGGGCGCGGAGCGGAGCUGAGGGCGCGCAGCGGAGCUGAGGGCGCGCAGCGGAGCUGAGAGCGCGGAACGGAGCGGAGCUGAGGGCGCGCAGCGGAGCGGAGCUGAGGGCGCGGAGCGGAGCUGAGGGCGCGCAGCGGAGCGGAGCUGAGGGCGCGGAGCGGAGCUGAGGGCGCGCAGCGGAACGGAGCUGAGGGCGCGGAGCGGAGCUGAGGGCGCGGAGCGGAGCGGAGCUGAGGGCGCGGAGCGGAGCUGAGGGCGCGCAGCGGAGCGGAGCUGAGGGCACGGAGCGGAGCUGAGAUCGCGGAGCGGAGCUGAGAGCGCGGAGCGGAGCGGAGCUGAGGGCGCGCAGCGCACGGAGCGAUGGCGCGGGCAGCGGCCACGGAGAGCUAACGGCGGAGGAGCCCCCGGAGGAACGGGGCCGGGCGGGACGUGGCCCGGAGGCUCGGCAGCCCCUCGGCAUGGCGCGGGCGGCCGGGCUGCUGCUCGGAGCGCUGCUCUGCGGAGUGACCGAAUGUCGAGGGGUGUCGGACAAUAAUCAGCGAUUUUCUUCGUUACCAACGUACCUCCCUGUGAGCUAUCGCAUCUUCAAUGCUGAAACGUCGUUCUUCCUCAAAGAAGCCAACCAGGACUUCAUGAGAAAUUCCAGUUUGCAAUCCAGGGUGGAAUCGUUCUUCCCGUACAAAGCCAAGAGRCCGCCCGUGUUGAACGCCAGCUACGGCCCCUUUUCYGUCGAGCAGGCUGUGCCCCAGGACCUCAUGUUAACCUCCAACUUUUUCGGAUCYGCCAACAAGUUCWCCUWYAACUGGAAGCUGAAGGCUUACAUCCUGAGCACCAAGAUCUACCUGAGCAAGCCCAAGGUGCAGGUGCUGUUCUACAUCGUGGGCAGGGACUGGGACGAUUUCAGCCCCUCGGAGCGGCUGCCCUGCCUGCGCGUGUUCGCCUUCCGCGAGACGCGCGAGGUGCGCGGCAGCUGCCGCCUCAAGGGCGACCUGGGGCUGUGCGUGGCCGAGCUGGAGCUGCUGCCCAGCUGGUUCAACCCCCCCUCUGUGCUGACAGGUCGUAAGAAACCGGUGGAGCCGCUGGAAGGGAGCCCUGUGGAGCUUUACUACACCGUUCAGCCUGGAGAGGAGAAGGGAGAGUGCACGGCUGAGGAUAUCCGCAAGGGUAACGCCAUCCGGCCGGGCAAGGACGGCGGGGAUGACACCAUGUCCCACCUGCAGAGGAUUGGCUCUGUCAGCCUCUACCGAGGCCAGGAGGCGUCCCAGCUGACGGAGCUGAGGCUGGACAGCAACAUCGUGGUGUGGCUGCCCUCCAAGCCGGUCAAACAGGGGGACGUGGUGAAUGUUUACGUGACAAUCGCCAACAAUUCCACGGUGGAUCAGUUCCUCCUCAGGGCAAAGGUGAAGAAAGGUGUGAACAUUUUGGGAGCCAARAGCAGCGACCCCCGGCAGUGGGACGUGAAGCAGGAGGUGGGCAACGGUGGCAAGCACUCCACCACCACUGUGGUUUGUCAGAGGAUAGCCCUGAGCUCCAGGAACAGGAGCACCAGUUUGUUCCACGAGGUCGUGCAGCUGGAUUUUGAGAUCGCCAGCUUCAGCAGCCUGUCGGGGACCCAGCCCAUCAGCUGGCAGGUGGAAUAUCCACACCGUGGCACCUCCGACACCGCCCUGGCCGAGAUCUUCAUCUGCCAGAAGGACCUGGUUGGCAUCGUGCCCCUGGCCAUGGACACGGAGAUCCUGAACACAGCAAUCCUGACGGGCAGAACCGUGGCUGUGCCUGUCAAGGUGGUGUCCAUCGAGGAGAACAGCGCUGUCACCGACAUCUCCGAGGCCGUGGAGUGCAAAUCCUCGGGGGAGGAYGUCAUCAAGGUCUCUGACAGGUGUGACUAUGUUUUUGUCAAUGGUAAGGAGAUGAAAGGCAAGGUGAACGCUCUGGUGAACUUCACCUACCAGUACCUGAGUGCUCCCCUGCASAUGACGGUGUGGGUGCCUCGCCUGCCCCUGCAGAUCGACAUUUCUGACACCGAGCUGAGCCAGAUCAAAGGCUGGAGGGUCCCAGUUGUUUCCAACAAAAGGCCCACGAGGGACAGCGAUGACGAGGACGAGGACGAGCGCCGGGGCCGGGGCUGCACUCUGCAGUACCAGCACGCCAUGGUCAGGGUGCUCACCCAGUUYGUGGCCGAGGACUCGGGGCCCUGGGGACAGCUGAGCCACCUGCUGGGAUCAGACUGGCACUUUGACAUCACAGACCUGGUGAUGGAUUUCAUGAAGAUGGAGGAUCCUCACAUCGCCAGGCUGCAGGAGGGCAGGRUCCUCGUGGGACGGGAAGUGGGGAUGACCACGAUGCAGGUUUUGUCUCCCCUGUCUGACUCCAUCCUGGCAGAGAAGACGGUGACAGUGCUGGAUGACAAAGUGACCAUCACAGACCUGGGAGUGCAGUUGGUGUCGGGGCUCUCGCUGUUCCUGCAGCCCAGUGCAGCCUCCAGCAGGGCCAUCGUGGCCACAGCCGUUGCCCAAGAGCUGCUUCACACUCCUAARCAGGAAGCCGUGGUGAGCGCGUGGAUCCAGUUUAGUGACAGCUCUGUCACUCCGCUGGACAUUUACGACCCCAGGGAGUUCUGGCUGUCGGCGGUGUCGCUGGACGAGGCCGUGGUGUCGGUGCGGCAAAGCACGGCGCUCCGGUGGCCCGUGGUGACGGCCGAGGGCGAGGGCCAGGGAGCGCUCAUCAAGGUGGACAUGAUGAUCUCGGAAUCCUGCCAGAAAUCCAAGAGGAAGAGCGUGCUGGCCGUGGGGAGCGGCAGCAUCAAGGUGAAGUUCGGGCAGAACGACGCGGACGCGGAGGCGGGCGGCGAUUACGACGCCGAUGAGAUCGAGAACCGCGCCAGCGACCGGCGCCACAAGAACCCCGAGCAGGAGCGCUACGGGCAGGACGGGCGCUACUACGGCAGCUCCUCGGCCGAGAGGGACGAGGGGCCCCUCCGCAAGGCCAGCACCACGGCCAAAUCCAUCCUCAAAAACAAGCUGCUGAAAAACAGCCGGCUGGACGGCGGCAAGCUCUCGGACGACAGCCAGCUGCAGAACAUCCCCAUCGACUUCACCAACUUCCCCGCGCAGGUGGAGCUGCCCAAGGGCGGUGCCGGCGUGGAGGACAGCGAUCUGGUGCAGACACCCCGCGGGCUCAGCGACCUGGAGAUCGGCAUGUACGCCCUGCUGGGAGUGUUCUGCCUGGCCAUCCUGGUGUUCCUCAUCAACUGCGCCACGUUUGCACUCAGGUACCGGCACAAGCAGGUGCUGGUGGARGGACAGAGCACCAUGACGCACUCCCACGAUUGGGUGUGGCUGGGCAACGAGGCCGAGCUGCUGGAGAACGCGGCCGAUGUGUCCCCUCAGCAGGACGAGCGCACCACCAUCAUCGACCGCGGCUCGGCCGGCGAGGAGAGCAGCCAGCUGCUCAACGGCAGCGCCCAGAAGAACAUUCAGAGCCAGGUCCACAGGGCCGCGGACUCGGGGGGCAAGGGGGGCAAGGAGCCCCGGGCCGAGCCCUUGCACUCGCCCACGUCCAAGAGGAAGCGGGUCAAGUUCACCACGUUCACCACCAUCCCGCCCGACGACGGCUGCCCCACCGUCAACUCCAUCCUCAGCAGCCACGACGAUGACAUUAAAUGGGUGUGCCAGGACAUGGACCUGGGGGACUCCAAAGAGAUACGAAACUACAUGGAGAAGUUCAAGGACAAAGUGUAGCUCCCUGCUGGUUUUUUUGUUUUUGGGUUUAACCACACCUUGAUGCCUUCAGUUCUACAGUAUAUAUUGGGGCGGACGACGGGGAGGGGAGGGGAUCGCCAGGAGAAGUGACCAGGCGGUUUUUAUAAUCAGGGAAAGAAAUUUGCCAAACUGUCCAUGGUUUGUUUUUGUUUUUCACUUCCUUUUGAGUUGUUUUUUUGUUUUUUUUUUUUUCCAGUGGUUAUUCUGCUACUCAUGGAUUUAGGAAGUGGAAUAUAAAUAGCAGAAAGGAACCAGGAAAUGGUAUGACCAAUGCGAUGAACUGAGCAAGAUGAGGUUGUGAAAAUUCAUUUUAUGGGUCAUACAAAUAAUAAYGGUAGUAAUAUUUCACGGUACCAAAAAUAUCUGUAAAAAGAAAUGAGAGAGUGUAAGAGCAUGAAAAGAAUAAGCAAAGAGGCAAACAAUAACUUGUUCUGGUUCCAAUAAAACAUCACAGUUAUGGACAUAUGACCCACAAGGAGACUUUAUAUUGGUACUCAAGCUGUUCUCUUUUUAUUCCUUCAUUUGAAGUGAAGAUGUGUCUUUGGCAUUACAUGUGAAGGAGGAAGAAAUUACCUGGUAUUUUCAUUCUUACUUUUCCAUUUGUCUUGUAAAUUGAAACAGAUUCGUUUUUCCCUCUUGUAUUUUUCUUUUAAAUAUCUUGAAAACAGGGAAAUUUAAAAUUCAUAAGUUCGCAGUGGGCCAAGAACAUUCUGUUUCUAAGUUAGCUGUCAACAGUCUCCUGUCAUUUAAAGAAUUCAGGGGAUAAGUAUUGACUAAUAAUUUCCAUGUGGUGUCUCUCUGAAAGCCUCCAUUUCACCCUAGCUAGGAAUAUGUUCUGUUUGGAAGCAUUUCCAUUUUCCUUUCAGGUUUGGAUUGUUGCUUUCGUUGCUCGUUUUAAAUUUCCACAACCAAAGUUCCUGCGUUUCUCCAAGGGAAGAAGGUGCUGUUUUUUGUUAGCUUUUAGAAGUACCAAGCGAUGGGAGAGCCCCACUGGUGCACCCUCAGUGCACCUGGAACUGAGACCAUCACAGGCCAAAUAUCUACAGCCUGGAGUUCGUUGGGGUUUUUUUGCCAAGUUCAUAAUUUUGUUCUGUAAUUUUCUGUUUAUUCUGAUGUCACCAGCUGUCAUCAAGGUCUGAAAGCAAGAAGAGUGGACAGAAAGACACCGAUUGCCCCCAAACUUUUAUUUCCUUGUAUKGGGAGAGCUGAUCUCUGGACAGGCYGUUUCGAGGGAGGGAAAUUCUGCUGAAGCAAGAUCAAGAAAUAUCUGGAGCUAUUUUACAGAGAAAAUKUCAGGCUAGAUUGCAAAGCUGAUGUUUUGAAUAAACAAAUCUCAACCCAKUAUUAAAUCGGAAGCAAACACAAAAGGGAGAUUUAAUUAGGGGUGUGAGCUGGCAGAACGGUGCUGGCUCAGUGGCAGCUCACACUGCUGGAGGGCACAGAUCAAAUUCACACRGUGAGGAAAGCUCUGUCCUCCAGAAGCUCUCCCAGCCCCGAGGAGGGGUCCAUCCACCUYUGGACAGCAGCACCGUGUCCUGAGUGUCACCAGAAGCGCUCACAUCGUCCUGUCCUUGCCAUGGAUUCCCUUGGUUUGGGUUUUUUCAUGAUUAAACUCCGUAGUUUGGGUUUUUUUUACUCGGCCAAGACCAAUCCUGCCACCCGGUAACAUAGAUGGACGUUUUAACAAGACAUGCCUAGUAUGCAUUGUAGACUGAAAGAAUGUAAUAUUUAUUUAUACCUGGUAUACGAAUUGUAAUUAAAAUGCUUUACACGGCUUGACAAACGAACCUCUCUUUCCUCAGGGGAGGGGAUCCUCUGCCAUUCCUGUGCUGCAUCCACUGCCCUGGAACGGGACUUKAGCCACGUUUUGGAGACAGAAUAGAGAUGUGUGGAAGUU